UAUAUAAUGUAUAAGGAAUUACUUAACUGUAUUAAUAAGACUAUCACAAUAGCAGUUAAACACAAUGAAGUAACAGAAAUAACAGGAGAAUUAUUAGGGAUAGAUGAACAUUUAAACAUUAUCAUAAGAAGUAAUCAGAAUAUCACAUUAUAUUACACCAGAUAUAUUAUAGAAUAUAUACUACCAAUACAUAAUACAUAAUACACAAUAUAUACUACUUAAUACAUAAUACACAAUAUAUACUACUUAAUACAUAAUACACAAUAAGUAAUACAUACUACACAAUACAUAAUAUAUACUACUUAAUACACAAUACAUAAUAAAU